UUUUCCGAUUUUUAAAACCCGAAGCGUCGUCUACACGCACCUGUCUUCAACCUAUCUAUUUUCCAUUUCCUAUGCCGACCAAAACUGUCAAAGCUCCGACGCUACGGAGUGAAAACUGAAUAAUCACCUCUCAGCUUCAGAUACUCGUAGUUACGCACAUAUACGUAUGCAAAUGCUCUAACAUAUGCAUUUCUGAUCUCACUUGGAGUUGAAUUCAAUCUAGAGAUCUGAAUCAGAUCUCAUCCUUACUAACCCUUAUGUCGUGCCUGGCUCUUUCGCUGCAACCCACCAACGGACCCGACGUCCUCCUUCAAACACGAGAAUGGUUUCCUCCAUCUCGGGCCCUGAUGGCUCUCUCCGCCUUCCGGCAGACCCGAUUGGCAUUCUCCAAGCAAGCUCAAUCUGCUGCCGCCGCGUCCUCAUCGGAUUCCACGUCCUCAGAUGCACUUGGCGAUGAUCCUCUCGCUGCCUCUUCCGGUCAGGUUAUUGUUGGGGUGGAGUCCCGGUAUCGUGUUGUUUACCGUCUUGUUAAUUCGAUUUAUGUUCUUGCUAUCACUACUGCUGAUGAAAAUGAUAAAGAUCGAAUCGUGAAUAAUGUUUUCGAGUGUAUCAGUAUUGUGAAUCAAGCAGUUUCGGUUGUAGUGGCUGCUUGUAGGGGGGUUGAUGUGACCCCUGAAAAGCUUGGUAAGAAAUAUGCCGAAAUAUACAUGGCUUUGGAUAUUGUUUUAAAAGGGGUCAGUAGCAUCAGGCUUGCUGCAAUGCUUGCCUCGAUGCAUGGAGAAAGCAUUGCAAAAAUGGUGCAUUCUGCCGCCAAUACAGAGAAUAAGAUUAGGGGAGCUGAUAGCUGGGGGAGUUUGGAAGCUCAGUCUGCGGAGCAUGGAGCUGGUCUAGAAUCAUUUUCGAAAGCUUCGUUCGAGUUACCUCCAGAGACGCUGGAGGCUGGUGAUGAAGUUGCAGCCACAUUGGUGAUCACAGGUGGGGAGAAGGAGGAGAAGGAGAGGGUGGAUGAGAGUGAGGAGAAGGAUCCGUUUGCAGCUAGUGAUAGGAUAAACAAGCCUGAAUCAUUGGUGGGUGAGUUUAAGAAAGAUAAGGAUAAGGAAAUCUCAGAUGUAGCAAAAGCUUUGGCUGGGCUUGAGGUAACCACAUUGCCACCUGCUGCAGCUAGUCAGUCAACACACAUUGGUGUGGAAGGGUUUGAAGGGGAUUAUGGUGGGAUAGAGUUUGGUAGUGAAGGAUCAACACUGAGGGAGGAUUUUGAAGGGAUUAAUGUUUCAUGGGGUGGUGGAUUAGAUGCUUCAGAGUAUCUGGGUACAAAGAAAGUUAAGAAAGAUCAAGGGCUUGGUGGACUUGAGUUCUUGGAAACUAGCGCGCCACCUAAAACUGAAGCUGCACUUGGUGCGGGACCAGGGAACGCUGCUGCCAAGAAUCUUGAGGACAUUUUGGUGGAGAAGAUGAAGGGUCCAGAGAUGUACAUUUCAGAAGAGAUCAGUGCAGAGUUUAGGGAGUCAUUGCUUUCUAGGGUGGGAUUGGUCGGCACUAUCUACUUAAAGACGAUGCCUCCAAAGCCAUCUGAUGACAAGGAAACUGAGUUCUCAUUCAAGGUUGAUGGAACUGGUGGAGUUAAGCUUUUUGUAAUGCAAAAUUCUCUUGUGAGCAGUCUUGGGAAUGGAAUGUUUCACUUAAAGACUGCACCUUCGAAUGAACUUAUCCCCAUUAUCAAGUACAGCUUGCUACCACGCUUAACUCCAUUGCCAUUGCGAGUUCGACUUGUUCAGGGCCUCAGUGGAACAUUAUUUUCUGUUAUGCUGCAAUAUGUGUCAAACCCAGACCUGCCAGCUCCUUUAACUGACGUGACCUUUGUUCUGAAGCUUCCCGUGGAUCCAACAUUGGUAAAGGUUUCCCCAAAAGCUCUAUUGAACAGAUCUGAGAAAGAACUGAAGUGGCAUAUAGAUGAGAUCCCACUUAAGGGUAAACCUGGUAGGCUAAGGGCUAGGUUUCCUGUGGAUAUUAGUGAUGAUGAAAGUAAUAUUGAAGAACUUGAGGUUUCGGGUUAUGUCACAUUUUCUGGGCAAGGAACUAGAUCAUUGUCUGGCAUCUCUUUACUGCCGGCCAUUGACGGUAAUACAGACUUUUAUGAGGUCUCUCACAAGUAUGUCACUGGGACUUACAUUUGCAAUUAAACAUUUUUUGCAUAUUGUACUCCUUUUUGGGUGCAAUUGUAUUCCUUUUUUUAAAGAAAAACAAAACAAAACUGCAGUGAGGCUUUAUAUUGAAAACACUUUUAACUGUAUUUGUGAUUUGUGAAUGGGCAGCUGUCUUUGGCAGUAACAAAGACAUUACUUUCUGAGGUGUGUUUAAAUUGGCAGGCUAUGUAAUGUUGAAUAAACUUUGCAAUUCUCAGGGUAUAUUAGUACUAUCUUCGUUUUCGUCCA